AUUAGUAUUGAAGAACACUGCAUUUUAAAAGAAUAUAAAGUUUUAGAGAGUGAAUUGCUUUUAUUUCUGAAAGGCUAUGAACUCACUAAUCUUUAUCUUCCCAUCUGUCCUUCAUUACUUGUCACCGUAUCUCUGUGGGAUUGGCUUCCCUAGGGUUCCUGUAGCAGAAUGGGGAGGUACACAUUGGAACAAUUUUAUUUUAUGUUGCAUUUUCAUGUACAUUUGGGAGUAGAUCACAUUACUGCAAUAGGUAAUUCAAUUACAGAUAUGUAUGAUAAAUAACCAGAAGACUGAUGCUAUCAGAAGACAGUUCUCCUGCAGAAAUAAAACUGUAUUUGCUGAGAUGUGAAAUUAAAUAAGUUCUAGGCAAGUGACAGUCAGGACUGAGCAAGGGCAAAUUGUGCACAGGAAAUAGAGCCUCUUUCAAUCAGUUCAAAUUCACCCAACAUUUGGCAAUGAUGUAUCAUGUGCCCAUGCAGAGAAAAGCAGAGCCAAAAAAAAAAAAAAAAAAAAAAAGAAGAAAAAUUCUGCUAAGCCAUUUCCCGUGAAUUGUCUGCAAAAUCAUCGAACGGCUAAAAUUUCUUGGAAGAGGUACGUUCCUCACAAAUUGACUCCAAAUUCAAUUCCAUACAAAGAACUUCCCUUUCUGUAAAAAAAAAAAACAAAACCUGGGGAUGUGAUACAUCUUGGAGAGGACUUCUGAAGCUGUGCUCAGCCAGCCACCAAGGAUGCAGCUGACCCGCUGCCAGGACUCCUCCAACACGCUGUGCCAAGAGAGUGCUCCGAACGGAGGCCAGGGACAUUUAUGGCUGGACGUCCUGCAGCCAAAUGGGUUUUAGAAUCCCAGCUGGCUUCUGUGAUUCCUCUUACAGGGCCGAGAUUUAGAUCUGCCGUAAAACUUUACCGAUUGGGAAGCUGAGAACACUGUUUGUAACUGGUGGCAUAAAGCAAAAAUAAUUGCUCUGGAUGUGAAACUUCUUUGUUCAGUAGACACUGUCAUUAAGCCAUUGCUCAUGCCAGGUGAUGUACAAGUAGGAACUGAGGAAGAGCUUGCUUCUGAGACGCCUGUCGUGUCAGUUCCCUUGUGUGCUGGCUGUGGACUUGACUUUGGGAGAGUUGUUCUGGGGAAGCUGGGUAGAAUAAGUGCCAGAAAACUGGGCUUUCACAGAGCUGCUCGUCUAAUGGGGCGGGGCAGGCAGGAGAAGCCUCAGCCUCCAGGGAAGCAGGCUCUGGCGAGGGAGGGGUCCCCAGGGGACAGGCCCGCCUGCUGUGCUGGAGAGAUGGCGGUGGCAGUGGAGGUGGACGGAUUCCAGGACAGCUGGAGUGGGUGGUGAAGGCAGCAGCGCUGACAGUGGCGUGACCGUCCCUGCGUGAUUCAGGGCUGUUGGAUAGAGGUCCUGUGGGGGCCCUGCACAGAGCUUGCGGGGGCAGUGUGUGGAUGGCCUUGGAGAUGGCCACGUGCCCGCAUCGCCUCUGUGGGUCCUCCCAGAAGCAGGUCCUCCAGAAGAGAAAAGGGAAGGUGGAGUUGGGAAGCUGGAUAGGACUCUCGUGACGAGAGUGGUGAGGAUGUUGGUUACCAAGGUAGGGGCUCAGGAUUGACAACACAAAACACAUCCCUUGAACUAAGUUCUGACCAGGAGAUCAGGUUGAGGGAGCUGUUUGGAUGCAGUGACAGAACCAAGCAAGCAGGACUAGCUGCCUGCGAGUGAGGGUCCAAAGCUUGUCAGACGGCUGCUGCUUAGGACCGGCCCGGGGGCCAGGACCCUGCAGCGGGACAGAAGCCAUUCUGGCUGUGGGGGUGGGGCAGGAUGUGCUCCUGAGGCUGGGAAACUGGGGGAGUCCUGUUGACCUUGGCUCCCUGACUGCACUUGGCGCUGCUGCUGUCCCUCCCUCCUGGCUCCAGCCCCUCCAGCCUCCUUUCCAAGCCCUUGCCUGUUCUCUUCCUUCUGCAUUUUGCUUGAAGGCUCACGACUUCCAGAUCUUGCUGCUUUGAGGGCUUUUGCUCAAAUAUCCCUUCUUCAGCAUCACACUAAGACAGCAUCCCUGCCCUCUUUCCUCCAAGUCACGCUAAGACAGCAUCCCCUCCCUAUUUCUUCUCUUCCUCAGCCUCCUCUUUUUCCCUUGGUAGCAUUUUGCGUCAGACCAACACACUGUAUUUUUUAAAGUCUUUCCCCAGUAGAGACUGUAAGCUUGGGAGACGGACUCUGCCAUUGGUCAAUCUCCCGCGCCUAGAACGGCACUUGGCACACAGGCUGCUCUCGGUUCAUAUGUGGUGGAUGAGUGAACGAAUCAGUAAAGGCCCUCGUGUAGUGUACAAAGAGGACAGACCACAGUGUAGUGUCCUGGAAAAAGACUGUGGCUUAAACGAGCCUUUGGGAGCUAACCAUGGAUGCUAAAUACAGUUUAUAGUCUUUAUACAAAUGGAGAAAAUGUUUCCAAUACUCUCAAACUGAUCUGUUACCACAGUCCUGAAAUACAGAUGUCUUUGUGAGCCGAGGACCGUGUACUUCAUCUCUCCGAAUACAGGGCUGCUUGUCCCGUUGUGAAAGCUUGUUCAGUGAGGGGAUGACCUUGCUGGACUUGGAGAUUAGCAGAAAGCACUUGAAGUGUAUUGAAAUAGUUUAUAUAUAUUAAAACAUUAAAAAAGUGCACUGCAGGGAUGUUUACUUACUUAAAAUUGAAUCCCCCCCACCCACUGGCACACAAAUUCUGGGGAAUGUAUUGUAUCAUUACGUAUUUUCACACAUUACAGAGAUUUUUAGAAAUUCUAGGCUAUUUUAGAAUGAUAGAAGUCUUUCUUAUUUUAUUUCUGAGAUUAGGCCAAUAAGCCUUGUCACUUAGUUGGAUUUAUAGAUUUAAUAAGCUGAAACAGAUGAGCGGAUAAACAAAAUGUGGUCUGGCCAUACAAUGGACCAUUAUUCAGCAAUCAAAUGAGUGGACGCUUGAUAAAGCCUGUGAUGUGUGUGAACUUUAAAACAUUAUGCUUAGUGAAAGAAGACAGUUACAAAAGACCACAUAUCUUAUGAUUCCAUUUAUGUAAGAAAUGUCUAGAAAUGGUAAACCCAUGAAGACAGAAAGCAGCUUCGUGGUUGCCUGGGGCUGGGGCUGGUGCCUGGAAGCGACUGCAGAUGGGCAGGUGGGGCCUUUCUGGACGACGGAAAUGUUCUAAGACUGAAUUGUGGAGACAGGCACACAACUCUGCACAUUUGCCGAAGAUCACCGAAUUGUACACUUGCAGUGCGUAGGUGUUACGCGUUGGUGUGUGAGAGUUGGGCUGGCUGGCCUGAGAGGCUGCGGGUCCUUUGUGUGAUACAUGGUCGAGGAAACGCUCCACCCCGUCCCUCCUUGGCACUUUCCCCACAUGACGGGACGACGAGCUUCUGGCUAAAGACAAGUGCCCAGAGUCCAAGGCCUCCUGCCCACCAUGAAGGGACCCUGCGUCAUUGCUUGGCUGUUCUCCAGCCUGGGGUGGUGGAGACUCGCCCAGCCAGAGACAGACGCAUCCCGGUGCCAGAGAGCAGAGCAUCCGGUCAUCUCCUACAAAGAAAUUGGCCCCUGGUUACGGGAGUUCAGAGCGAAGAAUGCUGUGGAUUUCUCGCAGUUAACAUUUGACCCAGGACAGAAAGAACUUGUUGUAGGAGCAAGAAACUACCUCUUCAGGUUACAGCUUGAGGAUCUGUCUCUGAUCCAGGCUGUGGAGUGGGAGUGCGAUGAAACCACCAAGAAGGCCUGUUACAGCAAAGGCAAGUCCAAGGAGGAGUGUCAGAACUACAUUCGGGUGCUUUUGGUGGGCGGCAACCGGUUGUUUACCUGUGGGACCAACGCUUUUACACCCGUCUGCACCAACCGCACGUUGAGCAACCUGACGGAGAUCCACGACCAGAUCAGCGGCAUGGCCCGCUGUCCCUACAGUCCCCAGCACAACUCCACGGCCCUCCUCACGGCCGGCGGGGAGCUCUAUGCUGCUACGGCCAUGGAUUUCCCUGGACGCGAUCCCGCCAUCUACCGAAGUCUGGGCAUCUUACCGCCUCUUCGCACGGCGCAGUACAACUCCAAAUGGCUCAAUGAACCCAACUUUGUGUCAUCCUACGACAUCGGCAACUUCACCUACUUCUUCUUCCGAGAAAACGCCGUGGAGCAUGACUGUGGGAAGACCGUGUUCUCCCGAGCCGCCCGCGUGUGCAAGAACGACAUCGGGGGCCGGUUCCUGCUGGAGGACACGUGGACCACGUUCAUGAAGGCCCGGCUCAACUGCUCGCGCCCCGGGGAGGUCCCUUUCUACUACAACGAACUGCAGGGCACUUUCUUCUUGCCCGAGCUGGAUUUGAUCUAUGGCAUCUUUACCACCAAUGUGAAUAGCAUUGCUGCCUCAGCUGUGUGUGUCUUCAACCUGAGUGCCAUCUCACAGGCCUUUAACGGACCUUUCAAGUACCAGGAGAACUCGCGGUCUGCCUGGCUGCCAUAUCCCAACCCCAACCCCAACUUCCAGUGUGGCACCAUGGACCAGGGCCUGUACGUGAACCUGACGGAAAGGAACCUGCAGGAUGCUCAGAAGUUCAUUCUGAUGCAUGAGGUGGUACAGCCAGUGACCGCAGUGCCCGCCUUCAUGGAGGACAACAGCCGCUUCUCCCACGUGGCUGUCGACGUGGUGCAGGGCAGGGACGCGCUGGUCCACAUCAUCUAUUUGGCCACAGAUUAUGGUACCAUUAAGAAGGUGCGGGCGCCCCUGACUCAGACCUCGGGCAGCUGUUUGCUGGAAGAGAUCGAGCUCUUCCCGGAGAGGCGGCCGGAGCCCGUCAGGAGCCUACAGAUCCUCCACAGCCAGAGCGUCCUGUUCGUGGGCCUGCGCGAGCACGUGGCCAAGAUCCCGCUGAAGAGGUGCCCGUUCCACCGCACGCGCAGCGCCUGUAUUGGGGCCCAGGACCCCUACUGUGGCUGGGAUGUGGUGAUGAAGACAUGCACGAGCCUGGAGGAGAGCCUGAGCAUGACGCAGUGGGAGCAGAGCAUCUCCACCUGCCCUACCAGGAAUCUCACCGUGGACGGGCGCUUUGGCUCGUGGUCUCCGUGGACGCCCUGCACGCACACUGAUGGCAGCGCCGUGGGAUCCUGCCUGUGUCGCACCCGCUCCUGCGACAGCCCGGCCCCCCAGUGUGGCGGCUGGCAGUGCGAGGGCCCCCGCGUGGAGAUCGCUAACUGUUCCAGGAAUGGAGGCUGGACCCCCUGGACCUCGUGGUCUCCGUGCAGCACCACCUGUGGGAUCGGCUUCCAGGUGCGGCAGCGGUCCUGCAGCAACCCCACGCCCCGGCACGGGGGCCGGGUGUGCGUGGGCCAGAACCGCGAGGAAAGGAAGAUCCAUCCUGCAUUAUACUGCAAUGAGCAUCUGCUGUGCCCCCCACACAUGUUCUGGACAGGCUGGGGUCCCUGGGAACGGUGCACAGCCCAGUGUGGGGGCGGCAUUCAAGCUCGCCGCAGAACCUGCGAGAACGGGCCUGACUGUGCGGGCUGCAAUGUGGAGUACCAGCCUUGUAAUACGAACCCGUGCCCGGAGCUGAAGAAGACCACGCCCUGGACGCCCUGGACACCCGUCAACAUCUCGGACAACGGGGGCCAUUACGAGCAGAGAUUUCGAUACACGUGCAAGGCCCGCCUGCCUGAUCCCAACUUGCUGGAAGUGGGAAGACAGAGGAUUGAGAUGCGGUACUGUUCCAGUGACGGGACCAGUGGCUGCUCCACCGACGGUCUUUCUGGGGAUUUCCUGCGAGCUGGGAGGUACUCUGCCCACACCGUCAAUGGGGCCUGGUCAGCCUGGACAUCGUGGUCCCAGUGCAGCCGAGACUGCAGCCGGGGCAUUCGGAACCGGAAGCGAGUUUGCAACAAUCCUGAGCCCAAGUACGGGGGCAUGCCUUGCCUGGGCCCGGCCUUGGAAUACCAGGAGUGCAACAUUCUGCCUUGUCCAGUGGACGGCAUGUGGUCUUGCUGGUCCCCCUGGUCCAAGUGCUCAGCAACAUGCGGAGGUGGACACUACAUGAGGACCCGCUCGUGCACAAACCCAGCCCCCGCCUACGGAGGCGACAUCUGCCUGGGGCUGCACACGGAAGAGGCGCUCUGUAACACGCAGCCCUGCCCCGAGAGCUGGUCGGAGUGGUCAGACUGGUCCAAGUGUGAUGUGUCUGGAGUCCAGGUCCGCGUCCGCCAGUGCAUCCUGCUGUUCCCCGUGGGAAGCCAGUGUUCCGGAAACACCUCGGAGAGCCGGCCGUGUGUUUUUGAUUCCAAUUUCAUCCCAGAAGUAUCCGUCGCAAGAUCCAGCAGCGUAGAAGAGAAGAGGUGCGGAGAGUUCAACAUGUUCCACAUGAUCGCCGUGGGGCUGAGCAGCUCCAUCCUGGGCUGCCUCCUCACGCUGCUCGUCUACACCUACUGCCAGCGGUACCAGCAGCAAGCCCACGACGCCACUGUCAUCCACCCCGUCGCGCCCGCCCCUCUCAACACCAGCAUAACCAACCACAUCAACAAACUGGACAAGUACGACUCAGUGGAGGCCAUCAAGGCAUUCAACAAGAACAACUUGAUCCUAGAGGAAAGAAACAGAUACUUCAACCCGCAUCUCACUGGCAAGACCUACUCUAACGCCUACUUUACAGAUCUCAACAACUACGAUGACUACUAAGCGUUGAUGUUUUUGGCUUCCUGUAACUCCCCGGCUCCUCGAGGCCUGCGCUCCACGACUGCCCAUGUCUCCAAGACUUCAGAGAUGGAGUUUGGAUGCAUUUCAAGUGCAUUUCAAGCCACCAGUGUCCCAUUGCUGCCAAAAAUACAUGUCCUUAAAAAGCAACAAAAAUCUAAAUAUGACAUCGUGAAAAUCUGGUCUCCUUCUUGAUCCUUGUUUAAUGAGCCAUGGUGUGAUGGUUUUUUUUUUUUUCUUGUGUUCAGUCCAUUUUUUCUAACAAGUCGCUUGUUUUCUUGAGCUUUUCGUAAAUGUACCACCUGCGUUGGAAGGAGUCUUUAGAGACGUGAACCUCUUCUUGCUCUUGAGCGUAAAUCUUCACUUUGUUUCAAUUCAAGAAAAUAGGCACUUUGUAUGAGAGCCUCCCCACCUCCACACGGUUUAUAGGACUGAUGAAAUGCAGGCUCUGAAUGUGGCCCUGCAGUGACUCACCACGGCUCUCCAUCUCCUCAGUCGGGAUGAUACUGUGUGCGUUUGGACUUGGGAUGAUUCCUGCCUGAGGAAGCCCGGGGAUCCAGCCUGGCUUGCACCUGCAGAGGCGGCGGUACGAGGAGUGAGUCUUGCAGUGGUUACUGUGCUGUCACGGGGGGAGGUGAGUUACAGGGCAGAGGCACGGACGCAGGGAAGGGGGAACGCGUCUGCAGGUGGCCGCGAAGCUAGCCUUAUUCUGACUUAGGGACUUCAUGAGACUGCAGGGAGCUCCUUGCCACGCGGUUGGCCUGGAAACCCACCUGUCUGGUCUGUAGUAACAUCCCAAAAAACCAAUCUGUAAAAUGACCACUUGUUUAGCAUUUGAAUAAUAGACUUGACACCUCCCCUCUCUCUGCAAAGAAAAUCUUGAACAUUCAUGAUGCCGAUGAAGAAAGUAUGGAAAGUACUGAAACAGAACUGAAAACAACUUUUUUAUUUUCCAUGUUAUGGAAAGUAUGGAAAGAACUGACACUUAAUGAAAAGCAACUUCUUAUUUUCCAUCUCCCUGAGAGAACCAGUGUACGGCCACCAGCCCUCCCCAGAGCAUCAGUGGUGUGUAAAGCUGGUCGCGGUGCACAUGGAAGUGCUCCCCAAGUACCAAGCUGUCAUUUGCUGCCUCCGGGUCAGGUGAGGAGGCGAUGUUUAGCUCUGGUGCCUUUUAUUUUUUAUCUCAGUGCUGCCUUCCCACCCGCCCACCGCGCCUCCUCCCUGCAUGGCAGCAACAGCAUUUCGAGACCUCCCUUGAGAAAUCAGUGUAUCUGGAAGUAAGGUUUUUAAUGAUCCCUGUGGUUCUGAGCUUUGAUCACUCAUAAGCAUUUCAGAGUGUUAUGAUACUAUUCAUAGUGGCCCCCAGAAGGAAAAAAAAAACAGGCUAAAUUACUCACACAAAAAAGUUGAUACAUAACAUACGGCAGUUGGUUGAAUAAUUAUUGAAAGUUAGACCAAGAUUGAAAGUGUCCAUUUGAUGCCUCUGGGCAUUGUGAUAGCAGCCUGGGUGGACAUUAAAACAUGUUCUUAUUGAUAAAUGAACCCUCAGAUCUGUGAAAACACAGCAUGGGCACCGAGGGAUACAGUCUUACUAGCUUACAUGUUUUUACCCUGUCUGAUUUAAAGAAAUUGGGAAAUCCUGUGUUUAGUAAUGAAUGUGGUUGAAAUCAAAAUAUUCUCAUAUCCCCGCAUGUUCAGAAAUGGCUCUACUAAAAUUUAAAGUCAAAUUGCAGGUGGGCUCGGGGAGGUCUGAGAGAUUGCACAUGAGUCACGCUCCGCAUCCUUCUGGUGGGAAGUUCACGCUGCCUCUGCUGCGCGUCUCGUGCGCUGCGUGCACUUGCUGUCUUUAGGCUAAGGCCGCACUUAGGGGGUGAAAGUUAGCCAGACAGUCUUCUAAUUGCUUUUGGGUUGGAUUUCUAUCGGAUGCUUCAACCUGUCUCAUCACUUUCCUGAAAGACAAAUAUUCUCACUGGGUAGCACAUUUUAGCAGUUUUUUGAAUCCUUCCCCCACAAUAUUUUCUAAGCUUAAAAGGUCCUUCUGUUUCCCCUAGGAAAGAAGACACUGGUAUUUUUUAAAUAGCAUCACUGAACUUGAUGGGAAAUGCUUUCAAAUGACAUCAGAGUUGGUCUUUAAUCAAUCCUGUGCGAUGACUAGGGGGAGCGCCCUCCCCCACGGCAGGUUUUCAUGUUGCUGAUUGCAUCAAUCUUUACUCUUAUCACAGCAAAGAAAUUCACUCGUUCCUGUUCCCUGACACUCUAUUCAAAAGAAGAUUGUUCCGUUCUCUCUCUCUCUCUCCCUCCCUUCUUCCUUCCUUGCAGCCUUCCCUCGAGCUUAACAGGACAUCCGUUGGUUUAGGGUGGUCUCAGCUGUGAUCUGCGUGUUUUAACCAGCUGUGGGGUCCCUCGCGUUUUCCCGCGACUGCACAGCUGUUGCUCACGUGUCUACGCCUCCCCUCCACGCCCCUUGUUAAGCCCCCACGUGGUGGACUCUCCAGGUGGCGCCUGCCGCUUCUGCUGGAAGCCCCUUCAUACAGCAGCUCUUUAGGCUGGGAUGGUUGGGGUUCCCACCAACACUUGUCACAUUUUACAUUUCUGUGUGACUCCUUCAGUGUCUCUUUAUCUUUUUUCUUAUCUUUUUCCUUCCUUCUUUCCUUCCUUCCUUUCUUUCUUUCCUUCUUUCUUUCUCUCUCUCUCUUUCUCUCUUUCUGGUACAAGCAGCACACAUAGAUUUUUAAGACGCAUCUCUCUCAGCCUAACAUUAAAUGGCAUUCAUCAGUUUAACUUCUAGGGCCAUUUCUGGAUACCGUAGCAGUCUGGCUGGUUUUCACAGGAAACUGGCUUUAGUCUCGCACUUGGAUUGGAAGUGACCCCCAGCGUUCAGGGCUUUCUCCAGACUCGCCAUCCUCUAAUGCUGGCCCUGCGGUGCUGCAGAAUCCCCGCUCGCUGCAGAGCACGAGGCCUCCCCAGAACAGCCCUGCAGAUGGUGGCUCUGAUGAAUGUCAGGGCUCUGCCACCUGCAUGACAGGGACUCCGUGAAUUCCGGGGGCUCUGGGGCGCAGGGCCAGGCUCUGCUACGUGGAGACCCAGCGCCCCCAGACCCGGGUGUCUCCUUGCACACCUGCCCGUCUGGCUUUAGGCGUAUGUCUGUGCUGCUGGCCCUGGAAGCUGCUGGGAGGAGCUGAGCUUCCUGCCCCUUCAGGGACAUCUCACUGAGCCUGUAGGGGAUGGGCAUCGAUACUGGGGGGAGAGAGGGUGGAGGGUGGGCAGAGGCCCUCCAGGAACUGCGAGGAGUAACGGGUGAGGGUGAGGGUGUCCCUGCCGUGGAGCAGCCUCUGUCCCCAAGAAGGGUCAGGCCACGGGGUCAGCGGGAACCAGGGAUCUGGCCCCACGGACCCACGAGUGAUGCCAAAGAGAAAGGAAGCAAAUGUGGGCGGAGGGGACGGUGAGAAUGGGACCCGGUCACUCCAGCUGAGUGUUGUGGGCGGUCCUGAGUGGGGACCGUGACGGGCACGCACGGUCCUGUGGGUCUGAUCCCUGGAUCCUCCGGGGCCGACCGCCCGGAGCGCAGGUGAAGGUGCCUCUGUUCCUCAUUAUCUGUGAAAGGGUGACAUUCAUGGGAGUCAAAGCCUGUGUGGGGAGUGUUCCCACUGGGGUCUUUGGUGGAGUUAGCGGGUCAGGUGCCUUCAAAGUUAGGGACAGAGUCUCAGCAGGGGUCUCCAGGCGCCCGGGGGCUGCCUGAGGACGCAUUAGAGCGUGACUGCAGGUCAAGGGAGACUUCACUUAAACACGUAUCGAGCCUGCUCUCAGCCACCGGUUCGCGUAAACACUUCCUUGACGCGCACGGAAGGUGCGGCCUUGAGGGAGCUCGCGCUUACACACGCGUGACGCUCCUGGACGACGGUUCCCUCGCUGCUAGAGUAAAUCAUGCACGUUUCCCAGCACCGUCAAGCCACUCCCAACGCUGACUUCCACCCACGGUCAUGAACUUUCUUUGGCCCCAGGGUGUCUUUUAUACUUCUGUGGCGUUUUCUUGUGUGUGGCAUUUUGGGGGUAACUACGUUGAGUUCAGUCUUUCUGUUUCAGAAGGUGACUCUGGGGCACCUGUCCAGAGACAACAUGAGUCUGCUCCGAGCCGCUGCUCUCCUCGCGCGUCGUCCCGCAGCUCCGGUCACCAUUUUCUGUGAAGGCAGGGAAUUAAAACAACAAUCUUGAAUCUUCCCAAAUGCAAACUCUCCCCUCUUAUUUUUUAAGAUGGUACAAAUUGGAGUUCACAGACCUCAUUGGCCGUGUCCAGCGCAUUAUCCCUUCUAAUGUCUCUUAUUUCAUGGUAAUUUGUGUUGACUUGGUGAUUUAUGGUGAUGCUACCAAAAAUUGAUUACCUCUGAUUACCUCUGGCUUUAUUAUCAGACACUAGAAAGCCAUGCUGAGCCCCUUGCUUCUCUAAUCAAUGGGUGUGAAAUAGGAGAACAGAGUAACAUUCAUUUUGGCCUGAGAAAUGCACAAAAGGUAAUGCUGACUGUUUCGCAGCACAUUAGUGUGUCAGGUAAAGUAUCUGGGGACCAGCGCCCAUUGUGGGGUUUAUUUCAGCUGUUCCUUCCUACUGAGAUCGUUAAUAAUAAUUGAUUUAAAGAUGUUUUGUAAUUCGAUAAAUACAGAACCAAGGCAUUCUGGUGAUCUAUUUUGAUAACCUGAUAAAAGGCAAGAAAAUAAAUUGCUUUAAUCCUGGCUUCUUUUCUCUUUUGGAAAUUGAAAAAUAAUGAAGAUGCGGAGUGGGACUAUUGGCAGGGAGUUUUAGAAUGACUGCGCCAUACUCCUUUUCUAUGGAUUUAUGUUAAAGAUGCAUUAUAGAUAUUGCUGGAGCAGGUGGGUCCAGGAUUUUUCUGACUGGUCAUAUGUUGCAUCACCAAAAAUUAGGUACAUGUUGCAGAAGCAUCAGGAAUGGAGACGUCUUGUCUUGAAAAUAUAAGUUCACACUGCGAAGGGACAAGGGAUAUCGUCAAAACCAAAUUCGGAGCCUGACACGAAGCACUGGGCCCAGUGAAACUGUCUCAUACAGUAUUCUCAUGAGAUCAGAUUAGUUCUGCCAUAAAAAAAUAAUCAGGCUUAUGACCCGUGACCAGGUUCGGUACCAUUCAAGCAGACACGUUUCACUGUGUUGACAUGAUGACGGUAACGAGUCAAAGAUACUUUAAGGCCUGAAAGGAGAAAGCUCGAGCCAGAAAACCACCCUGUGGCAUUUCUUAAACUAACAUAUUGCGUCCACAAUAAAAUUCAUUCCACCUCUUCCAUGUGGGAAAUCUGAGGCCACCAGUUCAAACACGGUCCUAUUCUUUCUCAGCUUUUUGGCCACUUGAUGCCAAAUGGCCCAGGUAUGAGACGUAUGGAAGUUCAAAAUGGUUCCCAUGUCAGGUAAUACGAGCUGGGAGCAAAGUCUGGAUUCUGGAAAAUCCAAACUAUCCUGGCAUCUUGUCACUAAGAAGAGAGCUUUGAUAGGAGGUGCAGAUAGUUUAAUUUCCUGUACAAAGCUGCCAGUGCCUUGUUUUAAGAUGGUGAUUUAUCACUUCAUCUGGGUCUCGUUAGUUCAAAGCAGAGGACUGACUGGCUGCACUUUGAAGAAAGUCAUUCUUAUGUGUCUCUGAACUCAGGAACAGAACACGAACAAGAAGCACACCACAGUCAGAUGUGACUUCCGCCCUCACGGGGGUGCGGCACCAGAGGAAGAGGUGCCCUGGUGUGUUCAGAAUUUAGGUGAACCCAUCUCAGCCUUCCAGAAACUGACAUCACUUUAAUUUUACAUUUUCCAAAAGAACAAACACCUUAGCGUUUGUUCUGUAGUAGGAAUGCCAACAGGAUGCCUAUAGAAGGUAGAGGUUUUUGUCACUGUCCCUUUUGGGGCAAGUCUGUAGAGUCAAAAAAUCAGAUACAGGCUAGUGAUGGCUGCCACAGAUUCGGUGGUUGGGAUGAGAACCGCCUGGAAUAUUGCCUGCUGUUUGUUUGUUUGAGGUCAGUGUCAAAACUGCUUCACAAGUUCACAAAUUUGUCACUCAAUUUGGGUUAAGAAAGUUAACGGUGUUUUCUCUGCUAAAGUUGAUUUCUUUUCCCCUGUACCAUGACUGUUGGCCAAAAUCAAACCUGAACUUCUGCACUUUGAAAGAAAGCACAGUAUGAACCUUCAACACAAGCACCUACAUUCAUCACCAAAAUUCUACAUCGUCCGCAAAGAAAAUACACAAACUUGGUCCAAUGUAGGGUUCUUCAAAAGUGUGUACCUGAACUUGUGUGUUAUGCCACUUGUGACUUUUGAAGACGUUACAAAAUGUUAAAUGCCUCAUUCUGUGUUAAUUUGCUGUUGCUGUUUUGUGAUACAAAAUAAACUUAUUUGGGAUUGUUUCA